CAUAGCAACCGCUGACCAGACAUGGCGGCGCCUCGGGAGCAGCCGGAGAGGAGUAAGAUCCUCACAGAUCUGAGGCUAGACAGAAGCCACCUUGUGUCUCCUUCAAAAUCAUUAAUCCUGUCAUGUGGAGCGAUGGACAGUACGUUGAAGGAGAAGACAUUGGAUAAGAUUGCGGUAGUAAACCUGUCUAGACAUUAUCUGAAAAACCUGGGCAGCUUGCCUCUUUGCUCUGCUCUGAAGAUUUGCAUCCUGUCCAGGAAUUACAUCACUAAAAUCGAUGCUCUCGCAAACUGUCCCAAUUUAAUCAAGCUGGAUCUCCAUGGAAACCAUAUCAUUAAUCUCCCAGAUGGAUACUUUUGGUCCGAUCUGAAGUUUCUGCAGGUCCUCUUUCUCCAUGACAACAUCAUUGGAGACAUAAGAACUGUCAAAUCCCUGUUUUCCUGCCCAAGUCUUGUUGUUCUCACCCUGUUUGACACCCCAGUCAGUCUGGUUCCAAAUUAUCGGCAUCACAUUGUCAACGGCAUUUUGUCUCUCAAAGCAUUGGAUCACUUUGUCAUCGCAGAUGAGGAGAUCAUUGAGGAUUGCCUGCGAAGGAAAUCUUUCAGAGCUUUAAGUCUACAUUUGUUUUUUCAUCUCACUGCCCCUCCAAAGAUCUCGACCUGGCAGAGUGAGUUGGCCCACUUCAGAACUCUGCUGUCUACCAUCAACAACAUCCUUGCCCAUCACUCUCCGGUGCUGAUCAUUCAGCGAUGGAGCCGUGGAUUCUUGACAAGAAGAAAGUUGAGAGUUCCAGGUUCACGUAAUGACAACUAUGAGCAAACAAAAAAGCUGAGUGUCGAGCUAUGCAGCCGUGGGAUCCAUGUACUGGAGGAUGGCAGUGUGUGGGUAGCAGGCAGCAGAGGUAAGGAUGAUGGCCGGUGCAACUCUAUCCAGUUACAGAUAGAUAAAAACAAGCUGCAGAUUGAUUUGCUGGAGGAUCGGUGUGAAGCCAAUGAAAUAACUUCUGGCCUUUACCCACCUAUUUCACAGUGGAAAAUGGAGAACACUCCAAACCUUAAACCUAACAAAAGCAAAGUUUUUCAUCCUAGAACAUUUAGAGAACCAGCGUUUGACCCUAAUUCAGACCGUGCACGCCUUUUAUGAAUGGCCUUCCAGUCCUGGCAGUAACAGUUCAAGCAAUCGCUGAAGGAACAAUCUAUCAUUGUGCUAUGAAGAUAAACUUCGAUAACUUCGAGAACACUGCUCUGCAAUUCAUAAAUAUAUUGAACAGUACAAUAAAUAGCUGCACAAAUUA